CGCGUUGCAGCACUCGGACAACGUUUACUCGUCGACACUCUCAACGGUCUUCUCGAGUCUUACACCUUCCUUUCUCUAUAUCGUGCUCACCCUCCUCGCGAAUUGUUAUCCUCAGAGACAUCCAAUAUCGACCAGAGUUGCUCCAAGUUGCACUCUGUAUUAGAGCCACCAAUUAAUAACAGCGGGCCAGCUUCUGGUCACUUGUUAAAUAAUAUUUACAUGGCUUCAUCACCACAGGUCUCACUUUCUUUCUCCCCGUCUUCCUCUGUCAAAUCUUCAAAGAAGCACCGUCCUGCUCACUUACCACUACCGUCAUCAAACUUCAGCGCUGCCCCUGUACAGCGUCUUCAGGACAGCGUGCAGGCUCUUCACAGGUCUGCAAGCUUGGGUUCAACAUCAGCCAGUCCACACAAUCGUUCCAUAUCUAAUGCCGCUAGUUUCAAACCAACUUUUUCGGCUCGUGUCACCCGAGACUAUCCCUUGUCAUCUCCUCCGACUGUUACCACUUUUCAGCUACCUCAAGUCCCAAUUCCAAGUACAACUCAUGCAGGUGGCAUUCUACCCUCCUCAUCAUUCUUUCGCCCUUCCAGACCAGUCCAUUCUCGUCCCUCAUCAUCCAUAUCCUUGACCUCUAAUGAUAUCCUUCCUAAUUUCCAUUCGGUUCCUCUAGAUCAACACCCUUUAUCUAACUUGGCUGGCCGUAUCUCUCACGAAUCUGACCUGAGGAGCUAUGGCGAUCCUGCUUCCAUAAGAGACACAAAUGGUCAGCUAUCUAAGCGGCUAAAGCAAAGUCGUGAACCUCUGCUUCCCCUCAACAACAAGCAUGUUGUUGCAAAUCCUUCCUACAAGAUAACUGGUACAAACCGAAUGCGAAAUAGCUUCGAACGCGUAUUCCGCGGUCUCAGCUUCGAUAGCAUACGGAGAUCUAGUAGUAGCCUCGGUCAUACUUUGAGUCCCCGCUUAUCUUAUGCGGAAGAGCACCCACCUUUCCCCUCUGUCGAUAACUUAUCACCCCCUCCACACCGAAUAAAAUCUUCUCCUUCCCCGCAACUCAUUCGCAUUGCUUCGAGCGGUUCUCGAUCAUUCUCUCCAACUCCAAACAAUGUCUUUAUAUCAGUCCCCCCCGAUAAUCAUACGCCACUCUCUGCGAUGCCCGUUGUUCCUAUGCAACGCGUAUACCAGCGACAUCCAUCAAGCAAUCGAUUCUUCUGCGGCGGCCGGCUACUUACAGGUGGCGAUUCUCCUUGGGCUUUCAUUGCGUCUCUCACACUCGUGUUUGGUCUAUCUGGCGUUUGGUUUGGAACAACCUGUGUAUGGUAUUGGCAUAAUGCAAGUCCCGCUGUCGCGGCGGUGGGAGCGUACAUGACCUUGUUGACUAUAUCCUGCAUGCUGACUACGGCCUGUCGUGAUCCUGGCAUCUUACCUCGUAAUUUAGACCUGGAUCCGCCUUUCCCUCCUACGUCGCCUUCAGAUGAUGCUGUCAGGCAACCCUUACCUCGGGAUCUCAAGGUACGCGAUGACAGUGUGCGCAUCAAAUACUGCUCGACGUGCAAAACGUAUCGCCCACCUCGCUCUAGCCAUUGCAAAAUGUGCAAUAAUUGUGUCGAUGGGUGUGAUCACCAUUGUCAAUGGGUGAACAACUGUGUUGGACGACGUAAUUACACCUUUUUCUUUGCGUUCCUGGUGUCCGCUGUGUUGACGCUAUGCCUCGUAAUCUGCACAUCCGCCUUACACCUCUAUCUUCUUACUCGUCGAGAUGGUAUCGAAUUCAGUAGUGCGUUAAGGGAAGGCGCAGGUAGUGCUGUGGCAUUCUCGUUGGCUAUCACUGUUAUAUGGCCAGUCACAGCCCUUCUUGUCUAUCACAUGAGGAUUAGAAACCAAGCGCACAAAUCUCUUGUGCCAGGUCCCGCUCCUCCGAACCCAUUUUCAUAUGGCUCAUGGCGACACAACCUCAUGGAAGUGUUGUGCCGACCAGCAGGAUUUUCAUGGCUCGAUGCUCAUGCUCCUGCUACUGAAGACAAGCGGCGGAUAAACCCUGGUCUUGAAGAUGCUAGCCCGAGGUGGGAAGAGACGGACACUAGAAGAGCCGCGGAAGAAAUCAUCGCGAUCUGAAAUUGGAAGUACUCUAUCCCUUGCAAUUCAAAUUUUGAUUUGCGCUGCUCCA